CAUUCCACAUAGCUAACUACUUUGAACGAACCAAAACUUUGUUGAACUUUUUAAUUUCAUAGUCCAAGAUGACAUAGUGCCCCUUUUGUGACCGUUACGGGGGGAGUACGUAUUCAAAUCUAAUUGUUUGUUCUAAAAAGCUCUUCUACGCCUCACAUUCAUGCAUCCUUCCUGCGUACCACGUACCUUCCCUGACUGUGGCGGUGCUCUUACUGUUGGUAGCUACACCACGUUCUCUGCCUGAGUUUAAUCAUCCAACGGCUCACCUCUGUCCCUGCAGGAGCAUGAUGCCCAAGGCCCUGGAGGGACAGAUCGUCAUGGAGAAGACGCCUCGCUACUUCGUCAGCGCCGAGGCACCGGAGCGGGUGCACGCCAUGUCCCGGGGCGUGAAGCUGAUCGUGGUGGUCCGCGACCCCGUGACCCGGGCCAUAUCCGACUACACCCAGAUCAUCUCCAAGACCCCCAACAUCCCCCCCUUCGAAGGCCUCGUCUUCAAGAACCGCAGCACAGGUCAGAUCGACUCCCAGUGGAGCCCGCUGUGGAUCGGCCUGUACGCACAGCACCUGGAGCGCUGGCUGGCCUGGUUCCCCCGGCACCAGAUCCACCUGGUCAGCGGGGAGACGCUGAUCUCCGACCCGGCCGGCGAGCUGGCCCGGGUGCAGGACUUCCUGGGCCUCCAGCGCAUCGUGACCGACAAGCACUUCUACUUCAACAAGACCAAGGGCUUCCCCUGCCUGAAGAAGCCCGAGGGCAGCAGCAAGCCCCACUGCCUGGGCAAGACCAAGGGCCGCACGCACGCCUCCAUCCGACCCGCCGUCGUCCGCCGGCUCCGGGACUUCUACCGGCCGCACAACCAGCGCUUCUACCGCAUGGUGGGCCAGGACUUUGGCUGGCAGUGAGCCGGCUCCUCCUGUGAGGGAUGGUCUCAUUGGUAAAGGGUUGGAUGGCCUCAGGACAGAAAUGAAAGCCUGUGGGGGCACCGUGGACUGAACAGCCCCAACAGUACCCCCUGUGGAGGAUGGAAGCCAACCGGACUUGAGGGGGAGAGGGGGUGGACGUUUUGGGGUUCAACCCCAUCCUAUAAGAGUUGGUCAGAUCCUCCCAGUGUAGUGUUUCAUUCUUUCACCCCCCCCCCACCCUCUAUCAAUCAAUCAUGAGGUUCGAGACAUGCGUCUAAGGAGGGGUCAAGGUUGUGUGUAUCUGAGGAGGGGUUCAGAAUGUGUGUUUCUGAGGAGGGGUCCAGAGUGUAUCUGAGAAGGGGUUCAGCCAUAGAACAGACAUUGCUCUGACAUUCCAUACAGCCACUGCCGCGGGAGGAUGUAAUGAUGUGUUUAUAUCUGCACUUAUACUGUGAUACUGUGUAGAAUAGCUCGGGGGUCAGGGAAAACGAUGGGACUACAAGUUGGACUGCAAGUGAAACGAAAAGUAUGAUUCGACAUGACAGGAUAGUGUGUGAAUGGAAACGAAUGACAGAGCUGCAGCUUUAACAUCCGCUACAACCUGUGUAACAUCAUCGUCUUUGUGUCUGCACUAAACAGCUCUGCGGUCGUAGAAGGCCGAGCCAAGGUAUGGACCCUAGAAAGUGAUUAACAGGAAAUGAAAACUGAUCACAUCACUUUUCAGCCCUGCCGUUAUACCUGUAACAGUCUCCGAGGUUAUGGUUAAACACACCAAUAGGCAAUCAAUGCGCAGAUUGAGUAUCAACCAUCACUGCUUUGAUUCCUGGAAAAUGCUGGACCACCACUGGCUAGACGGCAGGGCGAUGGGAGGAUGAAUGUUUAAUGUGGGGAGCAGCGGAGAGGCUGAGUGCACGCGGAACAUCUUUGGAGGAGCUCGACGGUAUGUGACGGAGUGGUUUUGUAUUUCGUGGAUAAUAGAUGUGGGUCGGAGUUCUGCAAAAGAUGACCAGCGUGGAUCGCUUGUCCCCCGAGAAACGCAGUUUACGAGGUCCCCCCCCCCCACCCCGACCAGCUCGUUGUGCAGGUGAAACGUUUCUCUGAGUCUACCUAGUAGCCUAUGGAUCCUCAUGGCUUCUGUGUUCAGGAAACUGACUGACUGCUGUUUGGGUUUGCAUGUUUGCAUGUAUUUGCACUAGUUUGAAAGCAUAAAAGAAAACAUUAAAAUACUAUUUUCUAGCA